GGACGGUGUUCUUCUCCUUCAUUCAUUAUAAAAGGCUUUUUAGGAUACACUCAUUUACCUUACACACAUCCGAAGUAUAUCAGAAUAUCAUCUACCUUCUCGAUCGAUCAGAGUCUUAUAUUAGUGUGUGUCUAUAUUCCGUCGUCGGAAACCGCCGGUCAAACCACCGAACCAUGAGUCAAACCGCCGCAGUGAUUCAGGGCUCUGCUCCCAAUCUCUUCUCCCCUUACCAGAUGGGGAGGUUCGAUCUUGCCCACAGGGUAGUGUUUGCACCAUGCACAAGAUGUAGAGCUUUGGACAACAUACCACAGCAGGCACACAUCGUGUACUAUUCCCAGAGGGCAACCCAGGGUGGAUUACUUAUUACAGAGGGAACCAUGAUUGACCCUACAUCGGCUGGAUUCCCAAAUGUGCCAGGGAUUUUUACGCCGGAGCAAAUCAAUGCAUGGAAAAAUGUAGUUAAUGCAGUCCAUGAUAAGGGUGGUGUUAUAUUUUGCCAACUUUGGCACGCUGGUCGUGCAUCUCAUCAAGUAUUUCAGCCCGAGGGAGGUGCGCCAGUAUCUUCCACAGAACAACAAAUUACAGAAAAAUGGUGUCUACUCAUGCCAGAUGGUUCUUAUGGCCAUUUCUCAAAACCCCAUGCAUUAACAAUCGAUGAAAUCACAAAAUAUGUUGAUCUGCAUCGGACUGCAGCACUCAAUGCUAUCGAAGCAGGUUUUGAUGGAGUUGAAAUCCAUUCAGCGCAUGGGUAUUUUGUUGAUCAAUUCUUGAAAGAUGGGAUAAACGACCGCACUGAUAAGUACGGUGGAUCCGUUGAAAAACGCUGCAACUUUUUGCUAGAAAUUGUUGAAGCAGUUGCUAAUGCCAUUGGAGCUGACAGGCUAGCCGUUAGGAUAUCCCCUGCCAUUGACCAUAAUGACGCCACAGACACUGACCCCCAUGGCCUAGGCCAUACAGUGGUUGAGAGGCUCAACCGCUUCCAGGCUGAGUCCAGUUCAAAACUGGCCUAUCUCCAUGUCACACACCCGCGGUUUGUGGCCCAAGAAGAAAGGGCAGAUUUGAACAAGUUUGGUGGUGAGGAAAAAGAAGAAAUGCUUAUGAACUCCCUUAGGAAGGCUUAUGACGGGACUUUUAUGGCCAGUGGUGGUUAUACAAAGCAGCUUGCGAAUGAUGACAUUAAGCAUGAUAAGGCUGAUCUGGUGUCAUUUGGCAGGCAUUUCAUAGCGAAUCCGGAUUUGGUGUUGCGCUUCAAGCUCGACGCACCGCUCAAUAUGCAUGAUCGGUCUACGUUUUAUACUUCUGAUCCUGAUGUUGGAUAUACAGAUUAUCCUUUCCUUGAUCAUGGCUGUGAAACAUCUCUAAUAGUGCAUGCUUGAUUAUGUACUGUAACUACUGUUUUAUUAUAAUAGUUCUAAAUGACCAUUGUGGUGUGAUUAAUGGUGUUACCACAAUCGGACACUUAAUGUUAAACUUUUCAAUUAAGUAGUUUUCAUAUUCAAAUUGUAAAAUAAAUAACGAAACAUUGUUAAUUGAUAUCAUGAUCAUCUUAUAUGCAUGUACAAAUUUGUAUGCCAA